UGGGAUAGGCCAUGCGGGGGUUUAAUGUAAAUUCAUACUCUCAUUUCUAGCUUAUGAAGAACACAAAAAACAGAGAAAUAGCAGGCAUCAGAAGAAGAAAUCGAGAAUGGCCAGCGCUGCUCUCUUAUCGGCCUCUCCUUCUCUUCUCUUUUUGCAAAAUAAGCAAGUGGGUAGAUGUGUAAUGAAUUUGAGAAGCUCACUUUAUGGAGAACUGAUACUCAACCAAUGUUCUGUACGAGGGUUUCUAGAUAGAAGCCGAGGAGGCCCCUUUGCGACUAACUCUGUUUUGGGGCGGAAGAUCCAGAAGAGGGAGACUGUGAUUCCUGACCCUGAUUAUCGAAUACCAAUUGUCUUACUUGAAUACAAAUCUGUUAAAGCAGGUAUGACUGGUGGAUUGGCUUACACUGAUAAUCUGUUACCAGCUGCCCCACUUGGUCUCCUUGGAUUACUCUUAUUGUUCCAGACUACGAGAGUGAGAUUUGUCUUUGAUGAUGAGGCUCUGGAAGUUAAAGUUGGCAACGAGCUCCAGGAAUCGGGUGAAAAUGUCUUUGUAGGAGGGAAAAACCGCUGGAAGUAUUCAACAUUUGUUAAUUGGGAGCUCUGGUGGCCUAAUUUCCCCAUUCUAGUGUAUUUUAAGGAGAUGCAAACAAAGCCUGAAGGACAAGUACACUUCUUCCCAGUAAUUUUUAAUGGGAAGCAACUUUAUGAUGUCAUGGUGGAGAGAGCCGGCCCUUCAAAGACCAGUGGACCCAAGAUGCCCUAAAGGCUUGAGCUUCACGGAAAUAUUAGUGCCAUGAGGCCAAUGAACAUUGUGUAUGUCAACACAAGGUAGAUGGAGUACAUGAAUAUUUCCUCUGGAGUAGCUAGUGUAUGAAUCAGACAAACUAUGAGAUGAUGGUUUGUAAAUACAGAUGUUAUAUUAUACUACUGUAUAGCCCUUAUUCCUCGCAUGUUCAGGUUAUUUGUUUAAGAAACUGUGUUCAUUCCAGUCAACAUGAGAGGCUGUAUAAUUACUUUGCACAUAAUGGUGCAAAAGGUGGAUUAUUUUUUGGACAA